AUGAUGUAGUCAGCAAAGCCCGCUUACUGAGCAAGGGCCAAAAAAGGUGGGGGAGGUUCAACUGCAGCUCAUCGCGACUCUCUACUGGUAAUUACUUUAUGUAGAAUUGACUGCGCCCACACCGCGCACGCAUCGUUACAAAGUGGCCGAAACAAACAAAACCAAAUCUCAUGGAAGAUAAAACGUAUCAAAUACUCAACAUCCCCUUCCGACCGCAUUAUCCGGGGUCACUAGAUAGCAAGAUGAUAAGACCGAAUGUAUCAGUAGAAGAGAUCAGAGGUCUGGCCGGACAUACGCUGCCGCAAUGGCGGAAAUUUAUUUCAAUUACCCGCACCAUCUCGACAGCACUAGUCUCCCAAAACCCCACUUCAACUCUUCUGGGCUACACAUAUCUCCCCACGGAGCAGAAAUUAGCCAUAAGAAGGGAAAUCGAUGAAGAGUGCAAUCAGCAAGGUAUCCCGACGGUGAGCGAGGAGGUCCUGGAGUGGCGGAUGGACAUUGCGUUGGGAGAUGCGAGGAGGAGGGCUGGUAUCAGGAACGCGUGUUGAAUGUGAAUUUUGCGCGAAAUUGUUGCACGUGUAUGGUAUGGCAAACAGAGAGCUAUUUACCCACUUAGAUUUUAGCAAUGAAUGGAAUGAGUCAGGCCAAAUGUGUUGGUCUUGACACUCGUGACAA